AUGAAUUCACCAUUAGAACUGUAUAAUCAUGCUUCAACCAAACCAGCUCUUUUACCCGAGUCUUAUCAUCCUUUGAUUUUCGUCAGUAUCGGUGUUUGGGGAUGGGCUAUUACACUUGCUGUUCUUUACUGGCAACGUAUCGACGUUAAUUUACUCAUUCAAACCAACCAAAAUAAUGCUAAUCAACUAAGACCUCUUUUGCUAUUAGCUGUCAUCCUUUCCUGGCUAAUAUUCAGUCACAUCCUUGUACUGGAAGAUGUGAUUUUUGUGUAUUUCUCGGACGUGCUUGUUGCAGACAUUCUGAUUAGUUUCUCUGGUGUAUUUACUGGCAUUUUUGUGAGAUUAAUGCAACAGACUGGUUUUGCCUAUUCCAGAUUGGUGCCAAUUGUAACGAGUGUGCCUUAUUUCAUUCGGUUCAAGCAAUGUUGCAACGACUAUUUUAAAAAAACAUCGGAAAGACAUAGAAACAAGCGUCAACUGAUAAAUGCAAUCAAAUAUGCUUCAGCAAUUCCGGUCAUUUUUUUGGCCCAUCAUACAAAAGUACCACCCGAUCAUUUUGGAUACAUUCGUACCUCAUCAGAUAUAUUAUGGCACUUUUGGCUUUUUUUGGCUCUUUUGACAAGUGCAUUUGCAUUUGUUUGGGAUCUUGUGAUAGAUUGGGGUCUUUUCCAAGUCAAGUUUUGGUCUUUUGAAUUUCGAAAAGAUAUCCAUUUUUCAGAUCCACUUUGGUAUAUCAUGGCAGUUGCUAUCAAUAUGAGCUUAAGGCUACUCAAGAUUGUAUCUCACAUGUAUCAGAUACACCCUUUUUGUGUGGAUUUAGCGGAGAUACUCCGGCGAUGGAUCUGGGUUAUAUUUCGAUUUGAGCAUGAAUGGAUCAAGAGAUCAUCUAAUGUAGAAGACAAGCUAUAA